AUGGGACGGAGUACACGAUCGCGAAAGCAGCGCCGUUCGUUGCUCCCAUACAAGACCGAAAGCUGUUCCGAGUCGGGACCGGGAAUCGCGUCGACACGCAGUGAUCUGGUGGCAACACCAGCGGCAGAGUGCAGCCGUGUUGAACGCAAGGAUAGCCGGCAGGAUCUUGGCCAGGAUCUUGGCCAGGACGAAUCGAAUCUGGCGGCCAUCAACGGUAUAAUGGACGAGCUCCGCCAGGGCGAAUAUCGCCAUUUCUUCAGUUUCCUGGCCAACGUUUGCGCUGUCGCCCGGAACAUGAUCGAUCAGGGACCACCGGGACUGUAUCAAAAAGCCCAGGAAUUUACGAAGGAGGCCCCGGAAUUGCUGCGCUAUAUCAUGGAGGGGCCGAAUACAACUAUUAUACCUCUUGCAGCUCCCAUUCUGCGCAAAAAGGACGACUGGUCCGGGGGUGCCGGUGAACAGCGUGCCAGGGACGGCGGUUCAUCUCCCUCGGAGACAAGCACGAUCCAGCCGCCGAGCCCUUUCUUACGACGAUCAGCGUCCCCCGAUGUUGCGCCCAUCCCACAGCAUGCGGCUGACUCGCAGCAUGCGGACUCUUCCCCCGCUACGACGGCCGCGACAGAACCCACAACCGGUCCGGGGACGCCGACCGUUGUCUCCCAUCAACAUCCGCACAACGUCGCAUCGGAUCUGCAACGGGAUCCCCAUAACUCCCCUGCCGGUCGCCCGCACAAUGAUGGACCGGAAAACCAGCGGCGGCCGUCUGACAUCCCGCCUGACGUCCAGGACCCGACGGCGCUCGUCGCGUCGGAGAUCAGCCAUGCGCAGCAGCCGUCCCCGGGUGAAUCGUCCGCGUCCAUGCUGUCCGCUGGCCAUGGGCCAUCGACGGAGCCUUGCUCGCAGCCAUCGCAAGGCUACGCGGUGCUGCCCCAGGCCACCACGACGACAACGACGACGCCGCCGCCCAUGAGCCAUGCGACGCAACCGGAAAGCUCUGUUCUGAAUGGCCCCGUCUAUGGAGCCCCGUCAACUGUGGUCUACAACCCGCUUGCUCAGAUGUAUGCGGGGUCCCUGUGGGGGGGUCCUGCAUUUCCGUCUCCUUCGGGCCAGAUGCUGCAGUCCGGUCAGUAUCCCUCUCUGGGUCACUCGACCGGUUUGAUGAAUCCGCUAGUUCCACCACAUUAUAUGCCGCCGGCUCACUCAGGACUGUGGAAUCAGGGACUGUCUGCGCAGACCGCACAGUAUCCGACUCAAGUCGGUUACCUACCGAACCAAGCCGUACCCGACGGCUCAAUGGGAUCAAUGGCCAUGGCAUCCGCAGGCGGAUACGCGGCCCCCUCUGAGCCCUGGUAA